AUGCUCCUGCAUAUCCUUACUUUCAUUUCUGCACUUCAACAACACCCCAGUUCUUCAUUAGAUGAGUUCUAUGGUGGCGGGGACUCUCCAGAGUUUGCUCUGGGGAUGUCUACUAUAUCUUCUUCGACGAAAGGCAAGGGUCGCACCCUCCCUCCGGCUGCACCAAAAAAUAUAUAUCUUCAAGGCUUGGAAUCCAAACUCCAUGAUUUGCACACUUGGGUGCUGCAAAUUCAAAUGAAUGCCUCUUCUCUGGAGAAUUAUGGAUUUCCCCAGAUCCAGAAGGAGUUUCAGGAAUUUAGCUCUAAGCUGGGAGAUAUUCACCACGCUAUCGUCAGAUUUGAGGGGGAAGACUGGAUGUUGCCUGCUGUAGCCAUGCUCGUGCAUAUCUCCUUCAUGUCACACGACUACAGUUUCGAACACGAUGAUUGGCGGUAUUUGCCCCACUUUAUCAACAAGUUCUUUGCGCUUCAUGGGCCUUCCUCCCAAGCUCAGUUGCCUGUGGCUGCAAGCCUGGCUCCACCUUCGCCUCUGAGUACAUCUCGAGCUGUCCCUGCUUUGGGUUCAUCCCAAGUAGCCUCCCUUGUGUCUGGUCUGCCCAGAACUACCGGUCUCUCUUCCUCUGGCCCUGGUUUACCUGCGCCUUUCUCUUCUAAACGCAAAGCUCGUGAUCCUCCUUCUUCCAGUACUUCUCAACUGCAGCCCAAAAAACUCAAGCCCACUCUGAAGUUCAUUGAAAUUCUUGACUCCAAUUCCGAAGAUGAAGAGGCUCCAGUGAACUUCUACCUCACUCGCUCUCGAGCUCGUGAAGUCCUUCCUUUGGUCGAAGCUCCCUUUAUCGACGAGACUGUGGCUUCACCUGCCACUAGAUCUUCCAAACCUUCCGUUAAGAAGAUUGUUGAGAAGGAGGUUCCUCGUGCUCAGUUGGACGUAGGCAGGCUUUGGGUUAAGCACAGGGCUGCCAGUGCUACAGCAGGACAAGGUUAG